AUGUCAUUACCUAAAAUUAACAAGAAAAUAGCCAAAAACUCAAAUCACCUCGAAUUGAAUUUUGUUAAGUCAAGGAAAAACAUAAAAUCCGACAAUAUUUACUGGAGCGAUGCGUUAGAGACUCGCCUCCGCCAACUAUAUGCGUAUGAUAACAUUGUGGAUGUCUUUUGGGGUCGACGCAUUACGGAACAUCUCGCAGGGAACAAAAGGUGGCAUGUGUAUGUGGUUACUCGCGACCCGUUCGAAAAGACGGAGAAGGUCGCAAAAGACGAAGUAAUUUAUUUCAUAUCAGAAAUCGCAGGAUUUGUUAGCGCCGAAAUUCACCCACAAAGUCCUGAUGAUCAACUGCCAGCCUGGAAAAAGGUUCCGCAAGAUCUGCAGAACAAUUUGGUCGGCACGACCACCGGGUACAAACGAACUGACUCCAAGUUUACUGACACGCCUGCAAUCAUACUAUACGUCCGCCAGAAAGGCAUCCUUCGCUGUGGAUGCGGUGGCCCAUUCCCCAAGAUGAUUCGCGGGUUUCUGACAGAUGUUGUCGAAGCAUAUGUUGUAACGCCAUGCGUAGGGUUAACUGGAUCUCGGAACAUGAUCGGAACUCUUGAUGUUGCUGUAGUCGAAAAUACCCGCCGAAUCGGUAUUAUCUCGUGUGAACACGUGGUCAAAUUUAAAGAUGUGGAUACCACAAGUGAGAGCAUUCAACCAUCACACGAAGAUCUCCUGGACGCACCAGAAAGGAAAUUGCGGAAUAUAACAUUAGUUCAAAAUUGUUAA